CGGCUCUCCUCCCCCUCUCCCCUCAGACUCGUCUGUAUUUGGAGCUCCCGGAAGCCGCCGGCGACUCUCCCCCAGCAGCGUGACUGACACCGAGUCCGACCCAGCUGGGCGGAGGAAGAGGGAGGAGCGGGGGCGCAGGCGGGAGGAGCGCGCGAGUGGCGACCGCGGGUUCCGUCGCGGAGGACGGGACCUCAGGGCCCCCGAGUAGAAUGGCAGACAUGCAGGGACUGAUGGAAAGACUGGAGCGAGCAGUCAGCCGGCUGGAAUUGCUGUCUGCAGCGUCACACAGGCCUCCUGGGGACUGUGGGGAAGUUAACGGUGUCAAUGGAGGUGUGGCGCCCUCCGUGGAGGCCUUUGAUAAGCUGAUGAACAACAUGGUGGCUGUGUUUUUAAAGAACAGUAGGAUCCUUGCUGGUGACGUGGAGACUCACGCAGAAAUGGUGCAUAGCGCUUUCCAGGCCCAGCGGGCUUUCCUUCUAAUGGCCUCUCAAUACCAACAACCCCAAGAGAAUGAUGUGGCUGCACUUCUGAAACCUAUAUCAGAAAAGAUUCAGGAAAUCCAAACUUUCAGAGAGAGGAACCGAGGGAGCAGCAUGUUUAACCAUCUUUCAGCUGUCAGCGAAAGCAUCCCUGCCCUUGGAUGGAUAGCCGUGUCCCCCAAACCCGGUCCUUAUGUCAAGGAGAUGAACGAUGCCGCCACCUUUUACACUAACAGGGUCUUAAAGGACUACAAACACAGUGACUUACGCCACGUGGACUGGGUGAAGUCCUACUUGAACAUUUGGAGCGAGCUUCAAGCAUACAUUAAGGAGCACCACACCACAGGCCUCACCUGGAGCAAGACAGGCCCUGUGGCGUCCACGGCAUCAGCAUUCUCCAUCCUGUCCUCUGGGCCUGGCCUUCCUCCACCCCCUCCUCCACCACCUCCUCCAGGACCACCUCCACUUUUUGAGAAUGAAGGCAGAAAAGAGGAGUCCUCUCCAUCUCGCUCUGCGCUGUUUGCCCAGCUCAACCAGGGAGAAGCAAUCACGAAAGGGCUGCGGCAUGUCACUGAUGACCAGAAGACGUACAAGAAUCCCAGCCUGCGGGCUCAAGGACAAGCCCCAUCUCCAACCAAAAGCCACACUCCGAGUCCCACGCCUCCCAAAUCUCAUCCCGCUCCGAGACACGCGCCUGUGUUCGAGUUGGAAGGAAAGAAAUGGAGAGUGGAGUACCAAGAGGACAGGAAUGACCUUGUGAUUUCAGACGCUGAACUGAAACAAGUGGCUUACAUUUUCAAAUGUGACAAAUCGACUCUCCAGAUAAGAGGGAAGAUCAAUUCCAUUACGAUCGACAACUGUAAGAAGUUCGGCCUCGUGUUUGACAAUGUAGUGGGCAUUGUGGAAGUGAUCAAUUCCAAGGACAUUCAGAUCCAGGUCAUGGGGAGAGUGCCAACAAUGUCCAUCAAUAAGACUGAAGGUUGCCACAUAUACCUCAGUGAAGAUGCAUUAGACUGUGAGAUUGUGAGCGCCAAGUCGUCGGAAAUGAACAUACUUGUCCCUCAGGAUGGCGACUAUAGAGAAUUUCCUGUUCCUGAACAGUUCAAGACAAUAUGGGAUGGAUCCAAGCUGGUCACUGAGCCUGCAGAAAUUAUGGCCUAACCUCCAGAGGGCCCGAACUCCCUCGCCUGAAUUCCCCAUCCAACAAGAGCAGCGUUGACGAGCUAGACAUCGCAGAAACGCCUCCUGCUGUAGUUUUGACCCCCGGCAACUCCGUGCUAUAGAAACAGCAUCGUUUCUGGCAUGCCUCCGUGGGCAUUUUGAAAUACUUCACAUGUCUUCAUGAUUUGCCUUUGUGUGUUUUUAAUUCCACAUGAGUUCUGUCCCCCUCAUGUCAUUAACACAGUAACUCACAGGGUAAAAAUACUGCAUGAUUCACUUUUACACAUGUUUAGUAGCUAGUUGAAAAAUAAAACCUUUGAGAAGCUACAUUUUACCUUUUAGAUAAUGUUAGUAUAACACUAGUGUGUCCUGGGAAAAGUACGACAUUGUUCCUUAUUUUUAGCACCUGCUCAUCUUUAUCACUGGACACACUGUCAGCAUGAAUACACAUGUCAACCUGCGCUUGUAAGGAACAUAAGAAAAUUCUAUACCAAGGGCCAAUCUGGUUUCUUGGUUCUCGAAAGGCCUAUAUUCUUUAGUUCCUAAAAAAUACUCAUCUUACCUAUUUUGCCACCAUGUCAUUUGAAAACUCUUACUUUUCUGCAUACAGAUUCUUAUGCCAAGAGCUUGGUGGAAGGAACAGAUUUUUUUCUUUUUCCUUUCUUUUCUUUCUUUCUUUUUUUUUUUUUUUUUUGCUAUAGAAUACCUCUCUAUUUUGCUCCAUUGUUUUCCAGUUAGGAACCUGUUAGGUAUCAGACGCCUUGGCAAGGGUGUCUCUAGUGUUUUAUUCUAGACAAAUUUCUUCUUGUCCACUUGCCAGACUUGUUCACCAGUCGCAAAAAAGGAACCUAAAAAAGCCAUAGACGUUUUACUACUUCCCACACCUGCUGCUUCCAGAACUGUCUGUUGGUCUGGCUUGCUGGUCCUGUUUUGUAGUGUCGAUACAGCACUUGCUUGUUCCACCUAAGAGUAACUAGGAUGUUCCUUUGUAUCUGUUCAGUGUGGAGUGCUGAAAAUCCCGUCGUUUCUCGCUCCCGGUUAAUGACUUGUAGUGUCAUGUCUUGCAGACCCAAUACAAGCAUCUCUUGUGCCUACUACAGCCUUUGGGAUACGCUGCUGUUUCCAUUUUUUUUAAAACUAUCCUCUCUAUCCAUGUAGUAUUCCAAUGACUAGUGCUCAUAUACCAAGGCUUUGCUAUGAAAGUUUUGUCUAUGUGAAUAACGUGGUGGCUUUAGUAAAUAUCAUU